AUGAUUCUCGGCGACGUCGGUAUCGAGGGAUCCAAACCUGGGGCAGCUGCUGUAGGGGUCAUGAUGGCAAACAGGGUAAUCAUUCAUGACUGUUUUUCCGUACAAACAUCACGAUUGAUUUAUCUCAAUACAUUACGCUGUUUGGUGGAAUAUUCCAAGCAAAUCUCUCUUUUUUUCCCUGAGUUUGGGCUCUUUUUAAUGUUGUAGAUCUAAUUGCUGUCAUAACGAAAGAGAAGAGAUCCUAUCCUGGAAAUGAAUCUCUCCUGAAAACAGCUGGGGAGAGUUGUCCCAGAAUUUUUUUUUUUUUUUUUCGAGAUUACCUUAUUAUAGGAAAUUAACGCUGCAUGAAAUUAAGGUAUUGGAAGUUAACGCGACUUAAAUUAACGCGAAUUUAAUGGAAAAUGACAUUCGAAUAAAGAAAAUUCACGCGAAAGAGGAGGUAGAAUUUCAUAAAAAGGAAAUUAACGCGAUUAUCUUGGCCGAAAUCAAAGGAGAAGAUAUUGACAUCACUUCUGACAGCGACAACGAUGAAGAUGAACUCGAAAUAUUGUAAACCUUCGCCUUAGCUUUUGUGAAAGAUGAAAAAUAAAAGGUAAAUGGAAAGAAAGAAAGCUUGUAGUUAAUGUUUUUUAGGUGUCAAGAAUGUCUGGACAGGUUCCAAAAUUGGGGUUAAAAUACUGGUAAUUAAGAGCGCGGAAAUUAACGCUGCACUUAAUUAACGCCGCGGAAAUUAACGCUCAACAAAAUUAACGUGAAUUUUAACAAUUCGCGUUAAUUUCACGGAGCGUUAAUUUCCUAUAAUAAGGUAGAUCAGUUUUAGCCUGCGUCGCAGACGUCAUUUAACCUCGGUUAGUAACGUCUGCGAAGCAGCACCCGGUGAUCAUUGUUCUGGUUCCCCAACGGACUCAACGAAUUACUGGAAGUGCGCUUCGAAUUUCCUUUUAUCGACAGUUGGCAAAAUCGAUAAUGGCUUUAUAUACACGGUAAUUAUGGUGCGUACUUAAUUCCUGGUACACAGGUGGGGGCGCAGAACAAGGAUUUCGCCGCUCUUUUGCUGUCGAAGGGCUUAAUUAGAGUUUUGUUUCGUCUGUGGCACAGGCUGGAUCACCUAGUCAGAUCGGUUCUGGUAAACAAGUAGUCCCGGUUUGGUCAGUGGAGAGAUGGGGUGGAAGAUUGGGAAGCCUUUUCUAUUAAUAAUGCAAAUGGGGAAAUUUGGAAGCGGGAUCAGGGUAAUUGACACGCACGGGAAAGGUUAAGACAUUCUUUCAACUCUCCAAGGCCUCAGGGAACGUAUAUUCAUACAGAGCAAAAACAUCAAACAAACUGAAAAUCCAUCGUAAGUCCAUUUCUACAAGAGUACUUGCUGUUUGGCGCCCUCAAGUCCUUAUAGUUGCAGAUAUAGACUGAAAAAAAACUAACAAGCAAAAGGAAACAAAAACAAAGGCUUUUAAUAAUAGUUCUCCUUAUAAUUUCGUGUUCUUGACUUCGCAGGUGAUCGGUCUUCAUAAGAACGGUUACGGUCGUAUCCUAGCUGAGUGCAUGUUUACCUCAAAGAUCCUAUACUGUCAGUGGGCAACACUGGCCAAAGAAGACGACAUUUUUGUUAUCAAAACAACGAAGCCUUUACCCAAUUUAAAUAACUGGUCAGACGAAGAGCAUAUCAUAUUUAUAAGGGAACGAAUCCUUGGCAAAAGCAACGAAGAACUUGCAAGGGUAAAUAUUUCAGCUUGUUAGACUGAAAGCUAAUUUUCAUUGAGUCCGCCGCAAUGCACCCAAGUACUAGCGAUUCUUUUGCAUUUUACUGGGAUCCGAUUUUCUGCCGAGAAAUUCUACGAAAAAAUGUCUAAAACUGUUGAUGGAGUCCUACUACUAAUUCCAUGUCAAAAUGCCUCGUAAAUUGCUUAUUCUUUAUUUUUACAUGUAAAAAAAAAUUCGUGACUAUGGAAAAAAAGGUCAUAAAUAUUAACGCUGUUUCAAAUUUAACUGUCUUUAAUUGUAAUUCAAGUUACUAGACUAAGAGUUAGGUGACUUUUAGCCGCCAAUCGAAUUUAAGAAUUUUAUGACCGAACGAUGUGUGGCUAAGAAUAAUAUGAUUGGUUGAUAAUAAAAAAAUAUGAUCGAUAUUUUUGUUUUAUCAAAGCUGAUGUCUCGAGCGUUGCAGCCUUUUUUUAGAGGCAAGCACUCUAAAAGUCUCUUUUUAAAUUUCUUUUUCGGUGGCAAUAAUUCAUAAAACUGUAUUUUUGUGAUUCAAUUCACUAACCACACAGCAACGUAUACGUGGUAAGCAUUUAGCUUCUCCUGUCUUUUAGGAUGAUGAGGCUAUGCUUUACCUAAAAGAAGUGGGUCCUGACACCUUGAUACCGUGUUUCUCUGUAAACCUGAAAGGAAACCAAAGUGUGGAAGUGUGCAAUGCAAUCAACACAGCGAUAUUCGAAAGCCUCAGUCAUACGUCAGGGGAACAUACUGCGUUUCGUAUUCCAAUGCUUGUUACCUCGUCAAGUCUGGUAUCCCACGUCCACAGUGUUGCAGCUACAAAUUUCAAGAGAAGAUUGGGGGUAAGAUUUCUUUAAAUAAACGACCAGUUAAAAUGUGUUAAACGUUAAACCGUAGGUUAUCGAUUGGAAGUAUUCAUGUAUAAGAAUACAGUUGUUGCGAUGUAACUAAAAUUUAUUAGAUUUAUCUAUAUCGCUGACUUAAGUUUCAGUUACUUAGCAACCAAUUUUUCCCUUUUAAGUAACUUUUCAACUGAUUUAUAUAUAUCCCAAUCAGAUAGGCUUAUAUAUUACCGUCAAUUAAGCAAUCUCAUUGUCUUUUUCUUUUUCAAAAAGGUGCCCUGGGCAAACUCUACGCAAUCAUCCUAGAACUGGAAUAAUUUGCCUUUCCCUUUUCUCAUUUUCGUUUCUGUAUAAAGCAACAGGAGAUAGGUUCCCGAAAACAAGGAAUUGUAAAUAGUCUCGUUUUCCUUCUUUCCUCUGUUUCUUCCUUCUUUUUUCUUUUUUUUUUUCUUUUUUUGUAUCCUUUAUAAUAUAACCCGCUAAUAUUAACCCUUCUGUAGUCAUGCUAAUCUAUGUGAGUUAAAUAAAAGAAGGUCACGUGAUAUGUCAUGAGAUUAUCGAUUGUAAACAAUGAAUGAAUUAGUGUUUAAUUUAGUAAUGAAAAGGGAACAGUUGAUGCUAGUCUAAGCAUUUCCAAAUUCCACUUCGACCAGGAAUAGCGUAGACGAAGAACCACUUUGUGGAUGUGCUACCUCCAAAUCAUUAUUAUUAUUAUUAUUAUUAUUAUUAUUAUUAUUAUUAUUAUUACUAUUAUUAUUAUUAUUAUUACUAGAAGUUCUCAUUGAGAAGGGAAGUGCUGCCGUGAGUUGCGAUGCGAAUAGGACAAAGACAGUAUGUAGAACAGUUAAACAUAUCAAUUUUUUUUCUUAAAGUCAAUAACAUAGAAUUAUGAUGCACUGAGUAAAAUACAAAAAAUGAACCGAUCACAAUGACAAAUAUGCUUACAUUCAGAUACUGACUCGCCAGAGUUUCAACAUGAUUUUGUAAUUCAUUUUAACAACAGCAGUGCUGAUAGACUGUUUCCUCAUCGAACAAUCAUCGUGUACAUGACGAGAAGAGUUGCGAACAAAUAACGUAAAGACUAAAGGCCAAAACUUGUUUAUUCACAGGUCAGGUAGACGUACAGUACACGCCGAUCACAACUUACAAUCCUGAUUUCCGAGAUAACAAUCUGUGUGACAAAAAAUACUCGCUACAACUAAUCUUGAAACCUAGCAUUAAAAAAAAAACGAAAAAAUGUCCCGUACAAUAGUUCUUGAACUGUUCUUACCGUUUAGGCUGUUUAAAAAGACGGCAAACAUCCGAUGUACUACAACUUCUGCACAAAACGAGAACAAAACAAAAUGGCGGAUUGCUCUGAAGAGAGAAACAGGCGCGGCAGCUAAGCACUUGCUCAUUGGUCACCUUGCUGAUUGAACCAUGGAACCAUUGAACCAUCGAACCAUCGAACCAAAAAAUCUCAAAUCGCUCAAGAAUAUGGGUGCUGCCGGCUGAUGCCCGGCAGCAAUUAUUAUUAUUAUUAUUAUUAUUAUUAUUAUUAUUAUUAUUAUUAUUAUUACGAAACUAUUAUAUUUUCACCAUCAUUUGCUACUACUAUGCGCUUUAUAUGUGGUAUCAUUUAAAUGGCUGGAUGUCCUUUUAAUUGCUCACCCGCUUGCCACCAUCUAUUUAAUUUCCUUUUUGCUAUUCUUUGAUUUAGCUCAACUCAAACAGCGACGCGCCAGUCAAAUACAUCAAAACAACUUGUAUGGAUCCCUGGGCCACAUCAAUAGAGUUCAUGAACCACAUGGCUUCAAUUAUGAGGAACAGUAUUUUGUGCGCCAUUGGAAGGGUAAGAGUCCAACUGCAUGAACCAUGACGAUUACUUAUAACGGUUAAGGCUCUUGCUAAAGGGGAAAUGUCAGCACGAUAUUGCUUUUUAUGAUCCAAAAAUGCUCCUGUAGAAACGUGAAGAAGAUAUCACACAAAUUUCAUAAGGGAGAUGCCGACUAACCAUAAUAGCUUUGUGGGUGGUUUCUGCAGGCAUAGCAUUAAAACUUGAAAAAGCAAGGCCAACUUUUUUAAGUUUCAAUCCAUCUCCAUUCUUGCCAUCCGUGGCAGCAAACGACAGGAAAUAGUUUCAAUGCCUAAAGAGAAUGAGUAUAAUAGGGAAAAAUAAAAAAUAAUAGGGAAUAGCGUGUCAUAGAUCCCUUUAAGCCAUUCUACCAUUCAUCACAACAAUUCGGAAAGGUUUCGUCAUUUUCAGAGGCUACCAUUUUUAACAUCGCCUUUAAUUCCUGAUCAGUUGAAUAUCGCUUUAUUCACGAGAAUAGUAUGCAUGUAGAGGUGAUUAUACACAAGCAAAGCUGCCUAACUUGUCUAAUAUGUACAUAUAAAUUAUGUAUAAUAUGCAUGGUGAUUUAAAACAGUUCAGCAGUUUAUAAAACUGCAGUAUAGUCCUCAUAAACUGGAGAAUGAAAAAAUAUUUUGAGAUGCACGCGUCUUCUAUUAGCUUUAAGAUAUAGUGACAAGUUAAGUAGGCAGCUUGACUGCUGCAACUAUGUGAUUUCUAUGUUCAACUUUGAUUUCUAUUUUAGGUUACUGAUCCUACUGCACUCCACAACUUUGUUAGCACAGGAGUUGUCAAUGAACAGAACGAAGUGAUCGCCUGUUAUGUAGGAGAUUUUAACGGAGUUUCGAAGCAGUACGAAGCAAUUGUCAAGUUAAAAUUCGUUUGUAACAAAGACGCCGAGAAGUACAUCGCCACCCAAAAGAAGCUGUCAAAGUGGAAUGAUGUUCUUCAACCGAUUGUCUUCCGAAGCAGACAGCAAAGACUUCAUGAUGUCUUCUUCAAGGAUACAGGGUACUCUGGUGAAUUGGAAGAGUUUGACUGUUUCAUUGGCUUGCCCUCUGACAACAGCAACCAUCCAUUUAUGUGCCCAAACAUGAAAAUCACCGACGUUCCUCGUUACGAGCAUUUUGACAACCACAAAUUCCCUGAGCACAGUUCCUACUUUAUGUACGGUGACAGGAAAAACGUCUUUUUGUUUCACAUCCCUACGAAGAGCCCCGACUCAUUAUCAUUCAGUCAUUUUCAUUAUUAUUAUCAUUAUCCUCUUCAUCAUCAUCACAUGAUUAUCAUCAUCAUCAUCAUCAUCAUCAUCAUCAUCAUCAUUAUAAGAUUCCGUGAAUAAAAGAUCGGACAUGCAGACAAUAAAAAUUCCUUGUUUCCCCCUUUUAUUUCGUUUGCUACAGGUAGUGCAGCUUGAUGGUUUUUCAGACAGUGUAGGAAUUGAAGGCGAGGAUGAACUUUUACUCAAGCAUGAGAUUGAAGUCGAAAUUCCCAACAUUCCUGGUGAGCCUGUGAUUCUUAACGGAGAAAUUCAGGAACCCUUGGACAAA